AUGAAAGCCUAUCCAUAUGAAUAUGACACAACUAUAAAAAUCCUAAAAAAAUUCUCCAAUGUUCUUAUGAUCCUAAGCUUCCUUCUAUUGACUCUAUUUCAUAGAGGAAAAUCAGAUGAUCCGAACUUCGUUAGCUUCAAAUGCCCUAAUGAGGCCUACUCUUACACUACAGGCAGCUCGUUCGAAGAAAAUCUGAACGGCACGCUUUUCACCCACCUCGUUGCCAAUGCCUCUCGAAUUCCCUUCUCGACCUACACGACAGGACUAGGAAUCGAUCAAGUAUAUGCACUGUACUACUGCAGGGGCGACAUUAGUAUCAAUUCCUGUCAUGAUUGUGUACAGUUCGCCUCUCAGAAAAUUCUUCAAGCUUGCUAUCAUCUCAAAGACGGAAUUGUUUGGUACGAGGAAUGUACCUUGCGUUAUGCCAACUACUCGAUCUUCUCGUUUACUGAUGACGAUGCCAAGCUUAACUAUCCGAAUUAUACCCAAACCUCGGUUUAUAGUGACUAUCUUGAUCAGUACCAGAACAGGUUCGAUAGUGUGAUGAGAGGACUCAUUGAUCAGGCAGUGAACAACACAAGCCUUUUCGCUACACGAAAAGUCAACCUCUCAUCUGCGUUGACCUUAACGGGGCUAGCUCAAUGUGCUCCUGUUAUAAGUAGUGCACCUUGUGAGAGAUGCCUUACAGCAGCGUUCCGACAGUUGAAUCUUUGGGCUAAUAAUAUAAUGUUUCUUCCGACUUGUUUUGUUGGUUUUGAGAUAGAUGGAUCGCCCCCUUCGCCCCCUUCUCCCGAUUCUUCAUCAUUUCCAGUGCGCUAUAAGAUCCUCAUUGCAGUGCUAGCUGUUGUGGUAGCUAUAUCACUUCUUGCCGGAGUAUUGUAUUGGAGGCGAUGUUCACAAGGGGAUCGAAAUCUAUCAUAUGAUGAAGAACUAAACUAUCAACUCGAUGUGCUUAAUGAACACGAAGCAUCGAUCGAAGACAAUCUAGAGGCAAACGAAAGGCGAAGGCAGCAUGGAUUGAUCAAAUUUACCUAUUGUCAGUUGGAGGGUAUGACUAGAGGAUUCGUAAGAAAAAUAGGGGAAGGCGGCUAUGCAGAAGUCUACCAUGGUCGCUUAUCAGAUGACCAAAGUGAAGUUGCAAUCAAGGUGUUCUCCAAAAAUGAUUCCCCGAAGCAAUUUAGCACGGAGAUUGAAGUGUUGGGAAGGAUUUCUCAUAAGAACUUGGUUUCUCUAAUUGGAUAUUGUGAAGAAGGAACCAAUUUGGCGCUUAUAUAUGAGUACAUGGCCAAGGGAGAUCUAAAAGCUCUUCUCUCAGAACAUCCGGAUGAUUUGAGCUGGAAGAAACGAAUCGAAAUAGCAAUCGACACAGCUCAAGGAUUGGAUUACUUGCAUCAUGGUUGCAGCCCACCUAUAGUUCACAGAGAUGUGAAGACGGCUAAUAUAUUGCUAAACGAAGAUUUUCGAGCAAAAGUAGCUGAUUUUGGUUUUUCGAAAAUAUUCCCAGCUGAAUGCGUUUCGAAUUUACAAACAAGGGUCAUCGGAACACUAGGUUAUCUUGAUCCUCAGUAA